AUGGGAGAUGAAGAACAAAGUGAUUGUGAUUGGGAGCAAGAAGAACAAUUGUUGUCUGAUGAAGAGAGUGGUUAUGAAGAAGAUCAGUGGACAGAUGAUUGUUCCAAUACUGAUUAUGAUGAUGAUCCAGAUGGUGGAGAGCUUGAACCAGAACCACCAGACCAUUAUCAAGACAACACCAGCUCCGUAGACUGGUCUAGAGAAGAAGCUGACCAGAGAAACAACCAUGAGGGCGAGUUGUAUCCAGAGGAGAUUGGAUCCGAGAUCAGCCUAGAAGAACACAGCCAGCAUGAAGAGGAGAUUCAUGGAGUAGAAACAGAAGAUUGUUUCAAUGAAGAGGCUGAAGCAGAAGAGGUUUAUCAAGAAGAUGGCUUUGAUUAUAACUCAGAACAUGAGGAGCCUUAUGUUGAAGAGAGGCCAUGGUGUGAAAUACCAUACUCUGAUCAUGAAGAAGAGGAUGAAGAGGAGUCUCGAUCCAAGGAAAUACCAUGGUGUGAGCUACCUUAUUCUGAUCAGGAGGAUGAUCACCAAGGUGAAACUGAUGCUCAAGUCAGUUCAGACUACUCUGAAGUAAGUUAUGGAGAUGAACCGGAAAGCCACCCAGAUUCUGCUGAAGAGAAUGAAGUCUUAAGUGAGGCUGGAAGAGAUGAUGAUGAUGAGUAUAAGCCAAGAUACAUCACAUAUUCAGGCUAUAACCAAGGAGGGCCAGAAGACUACUUCAGAUGGGAGAAAGAUAUGGAGGAUUGGUUCCAAGCCCACAAUAUUCCAGAGAAGAAGAAGACAAUGUAUGCUGAAGCAACUUUAAUCAAGAAUGCUUAUGUGCAUUGGGAACAAGACAGUUGUGUACGGUUUGAGCUUGAGCUACCAGAGUACUCUUGGGAAGAGAUGAAGGAAUUUCUACAUAAGGAUUUUGUAGAAGAUGCUGAGUUCAUCCAAGAAGCAGAAGAAGAAAAUUAUGCCGAGCCAGAGAGAUUGAUCAUGGCAGUCAGGUCCACCCCUAAGGCUAAACCCAAGAAGACUUGUGAUCCCAAGCCGAGGAAUAUUCUGUGUGACCCAUCUACCAGCAAGAGUAAGGCUAAGGAAGCUGUGAAACUUAAACCAAAGGAACCUAAAGCUGUGAAGAAGAAGAUUAACCAGCAAGAGAAGGGUUCAUACCAGAGUUCACUGCAAGCUCCAAAGGUACAAGACACAUAUCCAGGAGCCAAGAAAGUCUUGCAAGUACCCAAGAAGAAAGCAGAGCAAAAACAGAUCAUUGGAAAGCAACCCAAUGAAGUGGUAGCUAAAACUCCAAUCUGUGAAGCUCCACAUGGACGACCAGGAACAGCCAAUCAAGAGUAUUAG